AUGGAUUUAAAGUACACGAUAACGGUAUUUUUGAUUUGUGCCUUGGCCUGUUUUACUACAUCAGGUGAGUAAAAAAAAUGAUCGCGAGCGGGGCUAAUUUCUGCAAAUUUAGCGCCAUGAUAGCGCGCGUGCCACGAUCAGAUUGAGCAGUAGGAGAUGAAAGUUGCUCGAACUUAGAUGGGCAUAAAAAAAAAAAACGUGAACUUUUUCUUUGAAGGAAAUAGUCAUAAUAAUUGCAAAGAAGAGUAUGUCCACAAUAAUUACUAAAUAUUAAAAAUCAUUACUAGUGCCUUUGAAAAUCUACCACGUCCUCGACUUCUCCAGGACGAGAAUGAUUGAUUUUCGACAAUUAGUUUUUGGGAAGAUCCGGCCCGUUGACAACACGAGUUAAGUUACCGUACGCUGGGAUCAAGUCGGAUCGUUCAUUUCUCUCAAUAGUUUGUGAUCAGUGAGACAUCUCUUCUAAGUAGUAUUUAAGCAUUUCAAUGUUGAAAUUUCCAUUUUAUCUUCGUCUCGGUAAAAGCAUAUUUCCUCAAGCCGCUAACAUGAAUCAUGAAACGUGCUCGUAAUUUUCGCGACCUAAGAACUAAGACCUCCUAAGCACAAAGAUCAGCACUCUUUAGCGAGUUUGUGCUAAGAUUUGCGGAUUAUGUAAUUCGCUAAUGUUAUGUAAUUAUUCAAAAGGAAAAGGAAGUUAUUUCCUGUUAUAUUGGCUGUAAAACUUGAUGUUAUUUUGCUUAUUAGUGCAACCAUGAAACAUAAACAGUACGUGCGCUCUCAUUGGUAGUGCCAAAAGGUUGAGCGACAGUAAUGGAGUUUCCAUUUAUAGAGAUCUGGAAUAUUUUGUUUUCCUUUGAAAUGACCUUUGAAACUAUUGCAUUUUUUCCGCCAAGUUUUCGUGUCUCUUGUCAUGCUAUGGGGAAAUAUAGCAAUGAAUCAGGAGACAAAUGGUUACAUUGUCCAUGUUCUUCUUGUUAAAAAGAUACGAGUACAAUAAACGUCUUUGUUUAAUUCCCAAAAAGGUAUCUUCAGCUAUAUCAAAUGAGCCUGACACAUAGUAUUACUAGCUCGAAUAACGAUAAAUCACUGUUGGGAAUCAAAGGUCUGAUUUCCUUCUGAACACUUCAAAUUCUUUUUAAAUUAUUUUCAUCAAACUUAAAAACCAGAGGUGGUUUCGAUGGCGAAACAAAAGCACUUUGAGCACCGGAGGUGGUUUCGCUGGCGUAAUGUAGGAUUUUGAGCCCAGAUAUCAGCUGUUAAAUUUUUCCCUCAGGGGUAAGUCAUUCUAUAACCUCAGCCGCUUAUGUAGAAUUGCACGUAGACACAAAUAAUAAUGAAAAGCUGUCAUGUGCAUGGAGUCCUCUGUGACAAAAAACCCGGUAUGCAUGUCGUAUUCGUUACUCGAAUUCUCCCGUCAAAAUGGCUUCAUCAUAAAUCGUCAUUCAUCAUUGCUACUAACUUAACUUAUCAGAUUGCACAUUACAAAAAAAACAAAAACAAAAUACAAACAAUUUAAAUCUAGAGUGUUCUUUGGGUUCCUUCAAUUUUUUACUUAAAGCGCACCAAAAAACGUGACAAUCACCUCGCGAAAAUCUCCCUCGUUGAAUUUGGAGGUUUUUCACAUUCGCCUUCUCGAAUUUCCGGUCAAAAUGGCUUCAUCGUAAGGCGCAAAUUUUAUCAUUUCAUACGUAAUUCAUUCGAUUUAACAUCAUCAAAAAAAAAGUCUAUUUUUAAUGUAAAGAGCAUAACACAACGUGACUGAGAUGCAUGCGUCUCGCGUAAGUCCUCUUUGCUGAAAGUGUUGAAAGUGAACUUGGGGGCGGGGGGCCCUUUUCUGAUUGGUCGACAAGUUUUCAAUCGUGUUGACACAGUUGUGACAGAAAGCAGAUGAAAUGAAUAUCAAAAAAUUGAAAAAAGAACGAAAGCAGCUAUGGUUUAGGUGGAAAGUUGCUUCGCCUAGACCUGACAUUGCAGUCUCCAUGAAUCAACGGAAAGAAAAAUCACUCAAAUUAUUUAUGUCUGUAUGGAACGAAAAAAGCCGAUAGGUCAAAGUCCAACUUCCUUCGAGUCGAACAAUUUUUUUCUUUUUUUGCAUACGAAUUGGAAGAAAGAGAUCCAAGCACUUAUUAAAAACUUACCACAUCAUGAAAUCGAACUAGAGCCUUCCCUUGCAUGAAUGAUUACAAUUUCUUACAGCAAAUUUAAUCCGUUUGACCUUGCAUCCUGCGAGGUCACUUUUGUAAACACGUUGAAACCCGUGUUUCAAUUCAAUCUUUAUGGCCGACCCAAAUUUUGUUUUAAAGUAAAGUGUACCUAGUAUGGUUCAAAACAAAUAAAGCUGUGCUGCAGUUGGAUUAUCCGAGUAUAAACCCUUAAAAAAAAUUUUAUCUUCACUUAAACAUUAAUUUCACAUUUGAUAUAUUUAAUAUACCACAUCGGAAAGAAUUGGCAAAAAUUCCCUGAUCGGUAAGAAGCACAGGUCAAAUUUAAGAAAAGUGGGCUUAAAUUCUAACUUAAUCCUCUUUUUGGUAAAGAUCCAACAUAGAAAAUCUGUAGAGGAGCGCAAACCCUGAUCGUACACGUCACACCAUAGGAGCUAAAGGUUUUUUCCUAUUUCAUUUAGACCUUACCAGUGGUUAGCCUUGUCUCUUGCUCGUUAUUAGAGUUGGCUGUAAUCGCAAAGUUCUUUGUUUUCCACUCAUUUUGGAUAAACUGAGAAUUCAACUUGAUUUUAUGAGCGAUGAAUUCGAAUCCUAAGUCUGAGUCGUGGUCGUUGUUCUUCUCAUAACAUGUGCUCAGUGGAAAAGAUCUUAGUGCAUUUAGCAGUGGAUUCUGGUCUUUGUCUGAAAAUAUGGGCUACCCAGUCCCUUCCUGACAUAAAUCCGCCAAUGGCUGAAGACAUUGCAUGAUGGGAUAUGAUAAUACGAUAGAACCCCGCUAGCUAGAAAUCUCAAGGGAAACAGAAAAUGGAUCGAGAGCCUGGGCGCACUGGGCUGACAAAUUUUAGAUUUGUCAAUUGUAGCGCACUGAAAAACAGCAAAAUAUUUGUUAACCACCCAAUGUCUAUCGCAUGGAUAUACAAAUUGAGCAGUAUUUGGACUUGGAGAUUUAGCUUAAACGUAAACUUGGGAGCUAUGAUGUAUUCUGAGUAUCCUAAAUACUGAUCGUCAUGCCACAUCCCGAGGAACGAAUCUUCCAUCUUCACCGUUUGAUUGCCACGUAAAACCAACUAUUUUGGCGGCCUUCUAGCUGAAGGACCUGCAUUUGAAAAGAGAGAUCAAUUUUCCUGAUUGCACAAUUUCUCCAAAUCGUGGCUAGUAGAUUGAAAAAUCUGUCUGAUUUCACGCCCGACAAAAAUUUGUCCUGUUCCGAGGCAAGAAGACGGCGCCUUUGAAGGUUGGUAAAGCUUGACAAAAUUUGGAAACAAAAAAUCACCGGGCGCACUUGUCUUACUGAACUGAUGAAAGAUUUUUUGGUCUUUGGUGGGGUUCGAGUUUUUAUGGGUUGGUGUCGCAUUUCUACCCUUCUAUCAAUAGUUUCUUCAGAACAUUCCUUAUCCAAAUAAAGCAUAAUAUUUUUUUACCAUUCUUGCACAAUCAACACUCAUUUUCGAACAUCUAGUUUGUUUUUCAAGGGCUUUUUUAAAGAGGGCUUGACCUGUGAAGUUUUGCUAAAUAGAUUACAUUUUUAUAUUAUUCGUAACAAUUGCGAUUAAAGGUUAGGACGUGUCAAUCACUUAUGUUCUGUGCCUCAAGACCGACGUUUUUACCUAAAGUUUGAGUUAUCAGGGUAAAUUUGAGCCGAAGGAAAGCGAAAUUAGUCCAAGUCAAUAUUCGAGUCAGCUGAUAGUAUAUGACUGAAAAAAUGGGGUCAAAUCCAAACAAAAUCGAAUGUUGUUCAAAUUAGCGGGUUCUACCAUGAACAGAUCAUCAGCGAAUGUUUAAGCGUCAAAUGAGAAAUAAUUUACACGCAUGAAAAUAGAGACUAUAAGUGCUACCCCAAGAGGAGGCUCUUACAAUACUGAAUGAAUGAAUUGAAAGCAGCACAAUUACUUAGCACAUUGAGGAAAUUUCCAGAGGACUCAGAACCUCUCUAAUAACUAGAGCAGGUUUCUUUCAGAAAUCAUCGAUAACAUAUAUUCUUGUGCGCUUCGUAGGACCUGGGCAGUAAACUUUCCAUGGAAAAAAAAAAUGGAAAAAGAUGUCAGGAAAAAGUUUUGAAAAAAGCAUUAUUUGUUUGUUUGUUCUGCUAUAUUUCCUGUGGUUACGUAUCUAGCCUUAAGCCUCGAUUUCGUGAACUAAACCCAAUUUUCCCGGCGCCUGCCCAAACAACAUAGGUGCUGCCUAAAUAAUUUGAAAUGGUUUUCUCUCAGCAUAUUGAACAAAGGCUAAGGACGCUACCAUGUUUUUGGACACAAGUCGAAAGUUUUUAGAGAGCAUGUUAAGAUAUUAGGGCUGCUAAGUAAAUUUUCUAGGCGGAAUUCUUUCGUAAAAGAACUUCCUACAAAUGACUUAUACCCUAUUCCUAUUCUGGGCCAAAGCUUAAACGUGUUGUGAGGCUGUUUUGUUAAAUAUGGUUUAAGUAAUUUAUCAAUUUCGUCAUAGAUACUGCUUGACCCUUUACACACUAACAUCAGUAGACAUAUCCUCCAUACUGUUCUCAAUACAUUUCUUAAGGUGCUGACAAGGAGAAUUUGUUUAGCAAUCUAGAGCUUCUGUCAUUGGUGAUCAUUUCCCUUUUUUCUUGUGGCAUUAUGUGUGAUGUGGGGGUGAUAUUUUAUAGGGGAAUUAGAUACUCUUACAGGUUAACAGCAGGUUAACCCGAUGUUUGUCGACUUGAAAUGUAGGAAAUUGAAAAUAUAAGUUUGUGAUCAAUUGAAUCCUAUUGAAAAUUCAUUUUUUCAGUUUUCUGUUUCUGAUUUUUAUUCAAUUAAACCUGUUCGACUAAACAUGUUAGCACUAGUUUGUUGACAUUUUUGGAAACGUUAACAAGAGUGAUAUGCCCGGGCAUGAAAGCAGACGAAUUCUUCGCUGAAUAUCUUCCACUUUCGUUUCUCAUGCGAAUCGUUCUCCAAGUGAUCUCCAUUGAACUAGAUUCAGUUUUUGGCUUUAAAGGAUCAAAAUUUAUUGUAGUGCAUUUCUUGUUCGGUUUCUUACGCGACGACUUGAUCAGCUUUGCUGUUACUUAAUUUUUAUGAGCAGUUGUGUCACUAAGUUAUGCAACUACUUCUACUAACAUCAAAUUCAACCUUAUUUCUUGCUUAUUGCUGUAAAAAGUCACCUUCUGACUAAUUAAAUGGGAAUGAAUGGGAGAAAAUGGGAAUUUGGCGGUGGACAUUUCCUUGGGUGGCUCCUCUUGUCUUCUGUUUCCGGGUCGAACUGGAAUUUGGAGUGUUGGUUUAUGAGGAGAGAGGGAAACAAAAGGAUCCGGAGAAAAACCCUCGGAGAAACAACAGCACUCUCAACCCACGUGUGACGCCUUGGAUUGGGGCCACAGUAGCGGGAAGUGAGUGCUCUCAUCACUGCACCAACCCCGCUAAUUCUAUGUCAGUGGAUGAAUCUUUUCAUGCUUUCGUCAGACUGACUGCACAGGCAGUAGUACUAGUGAGAAAUGUCUUAUGUUUUAAACUUUGUUGUCACAAGCUACGUGGACUAGAAAAUGAAGGUUUUAAAAACAAUUUAAACUUCUUUAACUUACUAUCAAUGGUAGCGAAUCCCAGGACGCUUGAAUGUCCGCGAACGCCGACAGAGAAAUUUUACCAAUACUUACGAAGGAGAGUUGCUGCCUCCAUCUUGAGGUAUUUCGAAUAUAUAGCGACGAGAACUAGCAUCCGGUCAAACAUGCACUUAACUUAUCACUGUAGGUUGAAAAGCUGUCAGCAAGCUGUCGCGAAGGAAAAAGGUCAUUGAAAACCAACCAAGAGUAAAAAAGGAGUAAUUACGCUCCUACGAAAUGAAGGAGCAAGAUUUCUCUUAUAAUAUGCAAACCUAUGCACUAUUUCGACGUCGUCAGGCCUGGGCAUGUGAGCACUCUUUUCUGAUUGGUGGAAGCUCGUCUUUUGAGGCGUGAAAAUCACGUGUAUCUUGCCCACCAUCCACUGAAAUCCUUGCAUAUGGUUUCGCAGGUCACAACACGACUUUGACCUUCUAGGAAAGUCUUGUUUUGACAGACAUAUGGUUUUACAGUUUUAAAAUAUUUCGAAUUUUUUACUUUAUCUCGGUUUGCAUUCAUUGUUUAUUUUGUCCUUGUGUGUAUAUCAAAAACUUUUCUGACGGAUAUUAAUAAAUCCACCUUAAUCUGUUUUCUAACCUUGUUUUUCCAACCGAUUAUUUACUUACUUUUUUUUCGCGGAAAGGAAAUCUCGUUUUAAUGAUCGACAUUACAAAAUGAUUUUUCAUAACGGUAUUUCAUAGGUCUUCUCCACAUAGAGAAAGAUGUUUUUCAUCAUGCGCGUAGGGCAAUGAGUCCCCCUGAGGAAUCGAACCUCAAACCGUCGGAUUCCGCGUUUCGAUGCUCUAUCACUGAGCCACAGAGACUCUAUGGUGAAUGAGGCCAUCACGAAGUUAUUACGUGACACGCGUCCUGCAUACUGCUAGGAUCAGCGAUGUCGAUAGCGUCUGUUUGUAAAUAUAAUGAGAACGAUGGUAAGUUUUGAACUCGGUAGAGAAAAUUAAAUAAAAACACCUUUGUUUAUUUCUUUACCAAGCUCAAAACUUACCAUUUUUCGUAUUCUUCUCUUCGUGUUCCAAUGGUGAUACGAAAGCUCAAAUUUACUUUUGUCCUCUAUUGACCUUUGGCAAACUGGGACAAAAAAAUAAUCCAAAUUUGCUUUUUAACAGCCCUUUACAUCAAAAUUUCAUUUCAAAUUCUGUUUUAUCUUAAAGUCUAUUUAAAUCAAAAUAAAAAGUUCAGAGUUACAUCGAAAAUCUGUCAAAUGUUGAUAUGAUGAUAGCACAGGUCGCCCAAGCUCGCGCUAUAAGCCUCUUCAAGUAUGUCAGUUCUCGUUGCGCAAUUGGGAUUUAUCAGGAUUUUUAUGGGAAUAAAUGGUCGAAAUCUCAACCUAAAUGUCUAAAAAGUUUUGAAUGAAAAAGAAACUUACCUCGCUUAAGUGGUCGUUCUUUUGCAUUGCGUGGGUUUUGUAGGCUGACUAAGGCCUUUGAGCUCGGUUUUCUCGCCCUCUAUCAUAUAGAGGGAAAAGCAGAUUACGUAUCGAGGACAGGCGGUGUAGUGUAUCAGAGGAACACAAUAUGCUUAGCUGGUUCUUAACUCCUAGUGGGGUGACAUGGGGUCAUGCAUUCUGCUGACAGAAUGAUUCUUUAUCUUUUUUCUAUCAAUCAGAUCCGCACGUCUAAAGAUUUAAAAAUAUAGGCUGAACAAUAGUAUAUGGAAACAAAUGUAUCGAGAUGUGUGAAGAUUAAUUGUCUUUUCUAUAAACCAAUUUUUUAAUUGGACAAUUGUCAUUCAUCAGUCAAAAAGGUUUCUGCAAUUGAUGAUGAUUCUGCGAGAUGUGGGAAACCACAGGUACCCCAAGCUUUUACAAAGGCCUCAGUAAAGAUUAAAUAUGAUUACGUUGCGCAAUGGGCGAAAUAUAAGGAUUUACAUGGGCGCUUGAGCUACCUGUGGGAAACAAGUUAUUAUAUUAACACUGACCAACAAUAAAUUGUUGGCUUUUCUUUUCGUGCUCUUUCCAGUUUCCACCGAAAAUAACCAGAAAAAACAUCCACACAAAUCGAGUAAAUAGAUUAACAAAAUAGGAUGAACACAAAAUACAGUUGCACAAAUUGAUGACAGUAAAUUUUCUACAGACUUUAAAUGAACUAUAAGUUCCACCUAGCUUGAAAUUGCAUUAAUUGUGUAAGGAGAUAAUAUGCUCUUAUUGACUGAGUGGGACGGCCGGCCAAGAAUGUUUUCGGCUCGAAGUCAUGACCGUACGAACCGACAGCAGUGAGGUCCGUGCGUUGAGGAUCGAGGCCAGAUAUUUUCCCAUUCGGCCCGACCUGACUCACUCAAUAAGCAUUUUAACAUAAUUUUUUUCGCGAAGUGUUGAAAAUUACGAACGUUUUGUUGUAGGACGUGCAUGCAUUCAGAAGAAGAACGCGACUGGACAGCUGCUAAAAAGAUUAAACAGUGAAAACUUUUUUUUUUUCUUCGAGUCAGAAGACACUCCUAACUGAUCGAGGAGCGCAACUCAUUUCUUCGUUUGUUUUAUUCUGAGUUGGAGUCCAAAAUUUCAAUCAGAGUUAACGGUAAAUGCCAAAGAGUCGUGUCAGUGCAGAACCUAACGGCUUGUUCCGGACCGGCUCUCGUCAAACCGUCCAGCCCUGCACACGUCAGCUACCUUGGGAUUGCGUGCUGGAGGCCGCAGGGUCGUUUGACAAUAGCUGACAAAUUCUUCAUAGAGAUACUUUUGCUUUAUUUGUUUCCCACCCAGACCAAAUAGUUAGUAAAUAUAAGAAGUAUUUGGAUCAAUAUUUCAUGAAUUUUGUCAAGUAUUUCUUAAGUUUUGGUUAAUUUUUUAAUUAUUCAUUAACUAACUUAUGUUUUCCUUCUAUCACAGUUUUAAGCAAAUGUCCCGAAAUUUCUUCAAACGUAACCUUGGUGCGUUGUGGCCAUCUAAACGCGACCAAAGAUCAGUGUUUGAAUUGGGGAUGCUGUUGGAACGAAUCUUCCGAUGCUAACGCCACAGGGUGUUAUGGGAUCGCAAAUAAUCAGUCAGUGGUAAAUGCAACGGUUCCCAUGACAACAGUCAAGACUCCACUGACCAGAGUAAACACAUCUACUGUAGAUAAGUAAGUUUUCAUUACUAAGAGUCUAAUGAUUCAUUACUGACGGAACUUACACAGGAUUAUGUAGAUUAGUUUUAAUUGAAGUAUUUUCCGUGCCUCAAUUAAGCGAAAUACGAGCCCUUGCCAAGUAACCUCUGCCGUUGGAGACACUGUUAUAGUGAAGCGUACCACAAUAUCAAGUUAAGACUCGAACAAAGACUUCUAGAUCCGGAACAGAAAUGGCGCUGAACAUUAGCCCAACAAUUAUUACGUUUGGAAUAAGUAAAGAAAAAUAAAUGCAUAACGGGAACAAGAAAUUUGAUAUUUAACAAUUGUUCCACGAGCGCUCUUUAGAUAUGAGAUGAUUGACGGCCAACGAGGCUCGUUGAGCCGAGUUGGCUAUAAUUACCUCAUAUCCAACGUGCGCGAGCGGGAUAAUUGUUUUAUUAACAACGCCUCAAAAUAGAGGUAAAUUUUCCGAACUUUAUUUUGUAAGAACAAACGGAAUGUUGGAAUGUUUAAAAACAUUUUCGAUUUAAGUUGUCUUCUUGCGUGCGCGUGGUAUGAUGGCUUAUAACCCAUGAUGGCUAAGCAAAUGAAAACUCUUGAAUUAAAUCAUCCAAUGAUCCAGUAUUUGAUAAGUAUGUAGAAAUCGUAUUCAUAAGUCUGACCUGUUCUUUUAAAGACGCUUUUGAGUCGUUGACUCUCCCAGGGUCUCUUAUAACUGUGAUUCCAAAAUACUGAUCGAAUAAUUUAGAGGUUUUUGGCGAAAUGGGCGCAUCCGGCUAACGUGUUUACCUCCUUAUUGCUACUGCCAACUCAGGUCAUUCGAUGAUUAAUCUGGGAGGUUACAACUCUUCUAAUUGCACCUACUCCAGUACACUUAGCCGGGGGUUAAAAAUUAUACAAUUGCAACCUGCUAACGGAUUCAUGACAUGAUCUAAUUGGGUGGCAACAGCUGAGUACGUCUUAAUACAUACACUGUAGCCUGCAAAGCUGGCGUAAUUUUGGCGAGAGACUGCUCAGUAUUUUUUUUUGGUACGGAUAUAGCUGGGGAAAGAAAGAAAUUUGUACCAAGGGGGUAAGAGACGAUCAAAAAGAAGAAGAGGGGAAAUUCUUUUCGCCUGUCCUCACCUGCUCCCCCUGCCGUCCACUCCAUCUCUAGUCAAACGUGACAGGUUGAAUAAAUGAUCGCGAGCGUGUAACGUUGACUUGCCUUAACAAGACACCUGUACUGCGAGCUUUUUACGUUGUUGUUACUUGUUUUUUCCACACAUAUGCAAAGGGACCAUGGCCUUCAGACAUUCCUCUCUCUUCUUACAGUUGCUUAUUUAGCGCAGAAGUUUACUGAUUGACUUUUUUUUAACAGAGUGAAUUUUAGAUCCUUCGUUUUGAAUUUUUCCUUAUUUUACUUUCAGGCAUGAAGGCUUCUGCCAUGUGUACCGUGCUGGGGCAUGUGAUCGAUGGUUGAACUACACGAUGCUGGAAUACCGCUGGACACCCAGAUUUAUUGAUUACAGAUUCGGGCUGAAUGGAACUGAGAAUUUGAUAUUAGAGUUCAUGAAAGUGAUCGGAAGGAUUAAGGGACAGGAAAGAUGUAGAGAAAUUUUGAAAACCCUCUUGUGUGAAUAUUUUCUGCCGCCAUGUAACGAAGCAAAUGAACCGUACAAAUUCUGCAGAGAGGACUGCGAAGCUGUUUUCAAAACAUGUCAUACUGCUAUAACGGAAUUGGUCGGAGCGGCAAAAUACUUUGUCGAAGAACUGGGCGAUAAUCUAGGGCAUGCUGAGGUUCCUGAUUGUGAAAAACAUCGCUAUUCUGCAGAGUAUAAGGCUGAGAAUUCCACCUGUGUUCACUUUGGAUUGUUUAGUAAGUCUACUACAAUUGCCACUCUCAUCAUACUGAUAACGAUAGCGACAACGUAGAACGUCAAUGUCACGAUCACGAUCACGAUCACGAUCAAGUUCACACUCACAUUCUUUUUCACGGUCACGGUCACGGUCACGAUGACAGUAACUAUCAUGAUUACAAUCAGGGUCAUGGUCACGGUCACGGUCACAAUCACGGUUGCGAUCACGAAAUCGAUAAAGAUGAUGACAACUAUCACGACAACGAAAAUGGCAACAGUCGCCAUGAAGACUAGACGAUAACGAUGUCGAUAAGCAUAACAAUGUUGACUCCGACUGUGCAUGAGUUUACGCGCUCUUUUAACCCUCCAAUUUUACCAAUACAGACCCCUUUAAGUGAUUUUUGGAAUACGAGAAGCUGAUUUUUAAACUUUGGAGUAAAAAGGAAACUCUUAUAUAAUCCCUUCAUAGGUUAGUUUUAUCAUCGCCUACAUUGGAGCUAAUGUAUCAUUUCCUUUCCCUUCUAAAAGGACAAUUGUAUCAUUUGUAAUUUUUUUUCUGUGGUUUUUCGGUUGGUUAACCUGCACUUUGUGUUUAUAUCUCAUUGGUUGGUAGUAUUUGUUGCUGGAUUUUUAUUGGCUGUUAUACUGUCCUAGUUGACACGCAACUUUAUUGAUGUUGGCCUUCUCGCCAUGUCUCGCUCUUGUGCUGACUUUGAUAUAGUUUCUCUAUGGGAAAAAGGCUCAGAAUUUCUCUUUAUAUUUCCUCCCAAAGCCUUCUCUCCAACUGUAGAAGUCAAGGAUGAAGAGAAGGAAACAUCAUCUAAGCUUAACAUUAUCGCUUUAGCUAGUGCUGUCGUGGGAAUCGUACCUGUAGCUGUAGUUAUCCUGAUCAUCGCUAUUGUUACCAAGAGGCGAGGCAAAGUUGUGUCCAUAAAGAACAGAGUGCAAGUGGAGAAGCACCGGGCUUCUGAAGAGGACAAAAUCGCGAGCCUUUUUAAGCCUGAUGACGUCAAACAAAUACCGCUGACAAGAAUAGAGUAUAUCAGGGACCUGGGAUCAUGGAACUUCGGCUCAGUAUUUUUGGGUACGUAUAUUUAUCGGGAGAAGGGGGUGCGGAGGUCUUUAGAAGGAUCACGUGGUUGUCAGGGGAACUGAAGGGGGAUCAGUGAGGGAAGGGAAGGGAAGUGGUUUCAUAAGAAUAUUGCAGAGCCUUACGUGGGGGGUCAGGGGAGAGUUUGACGCAACCAAACUCCCCUGACCUCAGCCCCACCAUUCGAUAAAUGGCGAACGGUCUCUCAGGAUAAACGUCUUGCGAUAGUCAGGUUGAUUGUCGUCGUAAAAUAUUUCCCGAUUCCUUGAAAAAGAGAGGGAGAGAGAGGAGGUUGGAUUGCAUCCCAGCGUCCUUUGUUUGUCCAAAUAAGGAAAUAGUGCUCACCGACGCUUAGGCAAUGAUGUACAGCAAUGCAAGAAGCAGAGUGAAAAGAAAGGGUGAGAUAUUAUUAAAACAUUCUUUUCAUAAUUUGAACUUUUUCCCCUUUUUUUAGGAAGAGCACAUACUUUGAUCAAAGGAAAAGACGAUGCAGGGGUGAGGGUCGCUGUCAAGACUUUGGCCAAGGAAAGCUCAACUGAGACAAAGGAGAAUUUCAUCGAAAAACUUGCGUUGAUGUCUCUUUUGCACCAUGAGAACAUUUUGGAAUUGCUGGCUGUCUCUACCGUGGAGGAACCUUACGGAAUGAUAUUCGAGUAUAUGGAAUUAGGAGACCUUGCUCAAUUCCUGAGGAGAGCUGGACCUGGCUUUGAGGGUGAAGAAAAAGAGAGGGGUAAGAUAGUAAACUAUUAGCUUUACCCUUGGAACUAUUUAUCCUCAAAGAUAUUCAUUUGCCUUUUGAUGUUCACUUGACCUUUUAACUCCCAUGAGUGACCAAGACAGAAUUUCUCCUUACAAUAUCAAUACAAUGUCAAUCAGACGAGUGAUGAGAAUAAAGAAAAAUACAAAUUUGGGGAUAAUUAGUUGAUCCAAUACAAAAUUCUCUGAACUAACAUUAUAAGAAUUGUAUGGUUGGCAGUAAGGAGGAUUACAAAUUUGAUCUGGGAGUUAAAAGUUAAAAGUCAUUCUACCAGGGUGGAUAUGGGAGUCACAUUUUCUAUUAGUUCUGUUAUUUCUUUAGUUGUAAGCUCUGAGUAAACUGAUAUUUUUUUUCACAAUAUGGCUCCGUCCAGCCAAUCAGGAGGCUGGGAAUUCAAUAACCGUGUUUUGAAAUCAAAAUAUACCGAAUUCAUUUCUGAUCUGUGAACGCUCCUUUGAUAUCUUGCUCGAGAUUCGUUGUGCUAUCCUUAGCCACCGGCUUAAUAAUAACUUGUGGAAAGAGAGGCUAACACAGUUAUUGCAAUAGGUAAAUAGUUUAAAGAAAAAAAAAAAAAAGAAAAUUGCGUCGUGAAAUAACUUCAGUUGCUAAAGUAGUUUAAUUCUAUACUCUAAUGUUUGUGCAAUGGUACGUUUAAUUGAAGUGACAUAAUUAAUUUUUGUCAUAACAGUCUAUCUUACGCAAGAGGACCUGGUUUCUAUCUCAUUCCAAUGUGCCGCUGGUAUGGAGCAUCUUCAGAGGCUAAAAUUCGUUCACAGUGACGUGUCCUCAAGGAAUUGCCUUGUGGGUCAUGGGCUUACUGUGAAGAUUGCUGAUCUUGGCAUGGCCAGACACGUUUACGUCUCAGACUAUUAUAAGGUAUAUGUUUUCCAUUGUCAUACAUUUAUGUCUCAGUUAGUGCGUGCACUAUGAUUGGUCGAUGUAGAGGGACGUACAGCGAAAUACGGCCUGCCAAAAAAAAGAUUUAUUAUAAGAUAUGAUAAGAGGUAUCACUAUUUAUUUACCUCAAGUUGGGUAUGUUUUAAUCUAAAUAGGGGUUGAGAGAGAUUCUCAAGAUUUAACUGUUUCAACCUAUUAAUCUUGUUACUUGGCUUAGUUACAGUGCGAGUUUCUUAUACAUAUAAACCAUCUGCUCUGAUCGUUCGCUUAUUAGCAGGUCUAUCGCUCAAUUCCUAAUGGACGGCUUAAACUUUUUCCUUUUAAAAAACUUUUGAAAAAUCAUUCCGAAAUAUUUUCUUUUGUUGCAAACCACAUAAAAUGAAAGGACAUCCACCCCGGUGGGACUCAAACCCACAACCUUUGAAUUAGAAGUCCAACACGCUAAUCCAUUGCGCUACGGGGGCUACGCCGAAAAAGCACAAAAUUUUUUACCACUUGCUGAUUCUUGAGAAUUACAAUCUCGAGAAGUUUGGAAAUCAUCAGAUUAAAUCAGAUGAUGCAUCAGUCUGAAACAUAAAAUAUGAUAAAACAGAGUUUUUAUUGCUAGGAACGAGAAAGUAACCAAGAUAAAUACUGCGUAGAAUUAUUGUUAGUGAACAUGACAUUGAUCCAGGUCUGUGCGCUAGAAAUCUCAGCGUGUGGUUUGAUAGUCAGUUAAAUAUGUCAACACAUGUUACCAAAAUUUUUUUAUGCAGCCCUCUAUUAUUCACUUAACAUUAGUUGUAUUUAGAGGUAUUUAUCUUGUGAUUCUUUACUGACACUCACUCGUGCAUUAGUUACUAGUCGCACAGACUAUUGCAACAGUCUGUUGUACGGUUUACCUAAAUCAUAGAUCUUAAAAUUACAACGUGACUUGCUAUGAACAUCGGCGAGCAUUCCAAUGUUACACCAGCGCUUCAUGAUCUUCACUGGCUGCCAGUUCGCGCUUGUAUUCAUUUUAAGAUUUUAGUCUAAGCUAUUAAGGUAAAUCAUGGACUAUUUAUUAAACUGGUGAUUUAAUUAAUGUUAGUGCAAAAUCCUCUUACAGUCUUAGAUCUAAUGGCACCUUUUUGCUGGAGCCGCCUAAAGAAAAAAUACUUUCUACGCUUAGUGAUAGAUCCUUUUAUGACGCUGCGCCAUGUUUGUGGAAAAGUUUGCCAGCUGAAUUGAGUGCUAUCCCAUCAUUGACAAUUUUUAAGCGCAAUCUUGAGACCUACCUUUUUGGUUUUUUUCUUUUUGAUUUUUCUUUAACCGUUUUAGACUAGAAAUUUUUUUUUGUUUAAGUUUUUAUAUGUAAUAUUUAAUAUGAUUAGUUUUAUUGUGAGUCUUAUUUACAUUUUACAUGGUAAACCUUUUGCGCUAUAGAAAUACUAGAAUUGUUAUUAUUAUUAUUAUUUUUUUUUUUUUAGAACAAAUUUCGUUUGGAGACCACGUUUCUUCAAAAGCAAACAAAAAAUUCCCAAUAUAAUUUCCCGUUUUUCCUCUGGUCCUUAAAUCAGCCAAUAGCAAACUAGAUACAUCCUUUUUAUAGAAAAAAAAAUUCACGAAAAUUUAAUAUUUUUGUGCGAGCAACUGAAACGUAACUAGCUUAAGUUGAAUUCUUAUUCAUUUUUGUUCGUAUAAACCUGGUUAUAACCUGUUUAUUAUCAGUUUGCCCUUUGACCUUUAAGGAUGACCAGCAUCUUAUUUCUCCUAACACUAUCGCCCCUGAAUCACACAUUAAGGUCACGAGAAUAACGGAAAGGAUCACCAACUAAAGGAACUCUUGAUUGUUAAACAAAUUCUCCUUGUCAGCGCUUUAGAAAAUGUAUAGAGAACAGUAUAGAGAAUAUACAUACUGAUGUUCGGUUGUAAAGGGUUAAUGCACUACUAAACUUUGAUUUGAUCAAUUUCCUUUCUUAAAUUCCCCAGAUUGAGGGCCGAGGUUCAUUACCAAUCCGAUGGAUGGCUCCUGAAGCCUUGUUUCUGAGAAAAUUCUCAUUGGAGUCUGACGUUUACUCGUUUGGUGUUCUUUUGUGGGAGAUCUUCACACUGGCGCUACAGCCUUACUAUGGGUACAGUGACGAGGAAGUGAUCGAAUUCAUUAAAGAGGUUAGUAAAAAGAAAUGUAAAACAUUUUCCGUGGAACCCUAUACACCGUGUCAGAAAUCAUGCGACGGCACGAAAUUUCUUUUUGCGGAUUAAGGUUGGAAAGAAAAGGAACUUGUAGUCUAAAGAAAAAAUUCCCUUCGCGUAGAAGUAAAGAGCACCUUUUUUCAAGGAUGCACUUAGGAUGUCAGCCGUGAAUACAUUAAAACCGUUUGAAAGUAAUGAGCAGAACUCAGACUUCUCGAACGCUAUCUUCUCAACAUCCGCAGCAGGUUAUUGAGAAGUUUGACGAUUUUAUAGAACAGCUAUGCGCUUAUCGGUACAAGCGACGAAACGUUUUUGACCAAUCAGAUCGCGCCCAAAUUGUUAUGGGUGUACCAAAGCGCGAGGAUCCCCUGUGGAUUAACCAAAAGAGUGUGAAGCGAUGUCACUAAAAUUGCUGGAAUGUUCCACAGGGUGUCCACCUUGGAAAAACUGAUUACUGCCCUGAUCAUGUGUUCGAAAUAAUGAAGAGUUGCUGGAACCAAGAGGCUUCAGAAAGACCAAAGUUUACCCUGAUAAUGGCGGAGCUUAAACCGAAAAUGACGUCAGACUAUGACUCAUUUCGUUAUUCACAAUCAAUUCCUGACCAGGAACCGCUGUACCAAAGAAUUGGCAGCCCGAUAAUGGAACUGAAAGGUAAGUUGAAGGUGGAUUCUAAAAAAAGUUAAGUAUCUAUCUCCUCUGGACCUGAGUCUUUUGAACAGUGCCGCGACAUUCAGUAAAACAUGAAGCAUACAAAACCCCUCUCGAUUAUUAUUACUGUUCGCCCCAGCUAAGUCCUCCUGGCUCUGAUCAUUCCCAGUGCCCUCAGCCCCGGUUGUGAAAGCUGGAUAACGAUGUCCAUCUGCCUGGAAACAGGCUCUAUUAGGUGCUCAGCACUAGUAACGAUGCCGCAAAAGAUGAGCUGGAAAACGACAAAAGCCAGGUCCAUCGGUCGUUCGACGUUGGCUUCGUAGCGCUUGCGCUUCGGAAGACGUGCCGUGGUGCAAUUCGCCAGACAGAGUAGAUAUUAUUGUUGCACGUCUUCAUCAAGAGUUCAGGAGCUCAUGUUCUUUUAAGAACAUGUAUUUCUUGGAUGACAAUUUUUCUGGUGAAAGGAGAAUAUUAUAUGGAAGUGCGGAGGUACGAAAUUCCUCUUCGAAUGUUGAAAAUAUUUUUCAACACUCGUAGAGAAAUUUCGUAAUUCCAAACGGCCUGUAAUAUUAUAUUUAUUAUACAAACACCAUGAAAUACAUAGAGGAUAUUGCAUGGCCGCGCGUAUAUACGAAACCAUAGCAACAUGAUCUUUUCACGUGAGAUAACAAGUUAUCUUCACGCGUGAAGAUAUCCUCUUUUCGCGCGAAAGCUCACUUGGUAUUUCACUGGUGUUUAUAUAAUAAAUAGUGUUAUCUAAUCUACGAGCCUGUCGUCUUAUUCCUGUUAUUUUGCCCCGGAAAAAGCACGAAAAUCACGUGUGUUCAAAUUAACAGCUAAAUGUUCCUUUUCGCAGAAGUUGCCACUCCUACCCACCAAGUCACCCUGGAAAUGUCCAAGCAGGCCCCAGAUACUCCACCUCCUUCUAUGCACCAACCUGGGCCAGCUUAUGAGAACGUCGUACGCAAACUCAGUUUCCAUAGUGACGAGGAGGAAGGUUUUUUUGAGUUAGAUAUUGAGCAGGAAGCUUACUGAUUAUCGUACGUUUCUUUAAUCAGUUGACUUGAAAAAUUCUUACUAAAGGUUCCCUAUGUAUUAAGACGUUAACUUCGCCAAUACCCCUAUACAUGCGGCUGGUUGAUAUCACAACCGCAUUAUGCCUUAGUCCAAUUAAAAGUAUGGCCAAAAAAAAAACAGUGUGACCGAAAGAAAAAAGCCAACAAACAACCAGGAAAUGACAGAUGGGCCAAAAGGGGUAGCUUCGAAGGAAACUUGGAAAAUUUGGGGAUAGCUUUCAGUUAAAAGCAUUGUCUUCCGAUCUAUUAGGAUGGAAUUCAUUGUAUCUUAAGCCUUUCGCAAUUUCCAAGAUUGUUUAAGCACAUCAUGCGUUGCUUCUUUAAACAGAUAUAAGUGCAAACUAAGGAACUGCAAAGCGAGAGUUGAUUUUCAUUUUCUAUUUUGUUUUUUCUAUUCUGAUUUUCUUGAGCUGGUAUCCAAUUUCUCUUAGUUAUUCGAUAUUAGAUAUUCGAUGAGACGGGAAAAAUUUAGUUCCCGUUGAAAUGCGCUGUCCAACGACAACGUGCUGCGACUUAUGCUCGCAGACUUCUGUUAAAUACAGAUAUCGUCAAUAAGGAACUCGAAAAAUGUAUCCUAAAAGUUGUAAAAUGACGAAACGUCGUUAAAAAGGAAGUUGCUGAAAGAACGGCGCGAACUUCUUUGACGCAAAGUUUUGUUCGGUUAAAGGAACGAUGACCUUUAAGUUGGUUUGAUAUACGUAACUUCGUUUCAUGGAGUCUGUAAUAAAAUCGUUUUGGGAAUUUUCAAGCAUAUAUACAUACUUAAAAGUAUGCAUACUUAAACUUACUUUCAAGGAUCUCUACACGCGAACUGGUAAGGGCAAUUGAAAACGAUUCCACCAGAUGAAGAACCCAGCAAAUGAUUCAAUAUGUUAGUAUUUUUACCCACCAGAUGAUUUUCUUCCUCUAUGAAAUCUAACAAGGGAUAAGAUCGACAGACCGCGUUUGGUCAAACGCCUGCGCAUGUGCAAACUUCGUGGCGUGCUUUCAAGGUUUCAACCACAAAAGCCGACAAAACGCGGUUUUUUUUUUAAAAGCGUAUAACUUUUUUAGUAAAGCUCAAAACAGAAUAAAGAGGAUACCCGUACUUAAAUGCCCUUCAUGUUCGAGAAGUCUCGAGUUUUCCCUCUUCGGUCUUCUUUGCUUCCUUUCACAGAUUUCUGUGAACUUUCAACAAUGAUUUCGUUCGAAAUUUUUGCGGGAAAUUAGCGUGCAGCCGGCCAGAAUCCGCUCGCGCAUGCCCGACGUUUAACCACUGUGCCCGACUAAUAAAUUUCACCAUAUGAUUUGUUUUGUCCAAUACGAGUAGAAAUAAGGGAGGGAGGGAGGCUAACUAUGUUAAAACUACUAUAAGUUUGCCAGAAUAUAUUCAAUCCACUUUGAAUCAGGGCGUUUCUUUGUAUAUUACUUUUUCUUUUGAUAGGGCGAAAUUGAACGCUGUUUACAAUUUACAAUUCCAAAUCAAACUGUUUACAAUUCCAUAUCAGUCUAUUGUCCCAUGUACCAGGAACAAAGAUUUUAAAUUUUGAUAAAAUUUCGCGUGUUACAGUUUCAUCGCCUGCUAUUGCUAAAUGAUAAACACUAAAAAGCUUCAUGAAACUUUACCUUGCAGUUAAUGUAGACACUUGUUUUAUGGCAUCCAUGAAAAUGCAGUUAAUUUGUUGUUCCAAAUAUACGCUUUAUUGAGCGCUUUACAAUCGAGUGUCGGAAGUUGCUUCGAUUUUGCUUUAUUUCACCGUGAUUGGUCCAGAAAACUCGCUCCAUCCUCUCAACCAAUCAGAUGUAGAAAACGGGAGUUAGUCACUCGCGUUUUCCCGCGCUUUAAGCAAUGAAAUUUACUUGUCUGUACUUUGCAUUCUUGUAAUGUUUUUAUUUUCUCUGACUGCUUGAUGUCGUUACCUCGGUUUUGGUAUAAUGAUACUCAAUGGAAAUAAUUUCUAUGUACCCUUAAUAAUUAAGGAAUUCCUUUUGCGAAUCAUUAGUGCUCUCCGUUAUCACGAAAGAACGCAAAGUAAGCUGAUACCACAGUCAUAAAUUCUGUGAAAGAAAGAAAAAUCUACGACACUCGAUGGAAAUGAGCUAUAAGUCGCAAUAAAAUGGAAAUGAGUCGUAAUGUAGCGAAACGAUAAUAGAGAAUAAUUUCUUAGAUUGUAGAUUGUAGGACUUAGUUUCUUGUUAAACAGGAAACUGGGUUAAUGAUCAUAUUAAAAUAUUUGUAUCAG